AUGCCCACCGCGAAAAAAAUCACGAGCCUGUUCCCCAAAUCCAAGGCGGGGAAGGACGCGAAGGGGAAGGGCGCGAAGGGCGCGAAGCGAGCCGCCGCGGCGAUAGGUGCGUCCCUCCCUCGUCGUCGUCCCGUCGCGCGACAAUUCGCUUCGCUCCGAGAUCCGAGGUCGCGUCGGCACCGUUCGCUCACCACCACCCUCCCCCACCCGAACCAUCGCGCAGUCGAGGAAGAGGCCGAGGACGAGUCCGAGACGUACCUCAAGAUCCUGAAAACGUUCGACAUGUCCACGGAGUACGGCCCCGCGUUAGGCUUGACGCGGUUGGAGCGAUGGAAACGCGCGGAAGGAUUCGGGCUCCAUCCGCCCGCGGACGUGCACAAGAUCCUCACCGAGCGCGACGCGGAUGGGACGCUCGCGAAGUGCGUGUGGGAGAACAUCGUGUGA